AUGACUUAUUUUAAGUACCACAUUGUGAUUUUUUUUUAUUGCAGUAUUGAGGCAUAUAGACAGUAUCAUAAGCUGCAGAAUGUAAAGCCAUCCAUCUAUCUCGAUGUGUCUCAGAGUUGGGAGAACUGGGGUGGAAUUCAACCUGAGUCAUGUGACCUCAUCGUGAACAUCAACAUGAUGCACAUCUCACCUCUGGCCUGCACAACGGGUUUGUUUAAUGGUGUUGGAAAAAUACUGAAGCCACAAGGAUUGCUUCUGACUUAUGGGCCUUAUGCUUUCAGUGGAUCAAUUACUCCUCAGAGCAAUGUUGACUUUGACCACAGCUUGAGAUACAG